UGACGUCACGUCUUGACACGAUUUGCUCGCAGAAUCGUGUUUUUUUUUUUGAAAUCAUCCCUUAAAUUGUCCCUGGUGAAGGGUUUUUGGUCAACAAGUCAGGAUUAGAGACCUGUGUAAGCUCCAUUAUCAGUCCACUGAUAUCUUUGUGAACAGGUUUUUUUUACAAAGUUCAACUACGAGAAAAAUGCCGGACGGUGUUGACAUCCUGACCAAAGCUACUCCUAAACGCUACAAACUAGCUCAUGAAAGAGAUGCAGGAGCACCUUGCCUCAAGUGUGGACCAGAACUUUGUGAAGGAGGAUUGGACUUACAUUUUUGGAGGAAGAUCUGCAAGACCUGCAAGUGUAAGCCACAAGAUCAUGACAUUAAAAGCACAGAAGAGGAAAAUCACAGAUUAGUUGUUGGUAGCCUGUUUGACAGAAAUUCUAAUAUCAGCCACAUUAGGGAUUAUUUUAACAGACUGGACAAAGCUGAUAAACAACCAAAGACUGAGUAUGUCAGAAAAUUCACUUGGACCCCUCCUUUUUUUACACAGGCUACAUUUUUUUAAUAUAUGGAUGCCCUUAAAAAGGAUGGACUCUGCCCUGAAGUUGGAUCAGAUGCAGCCAAGUACCGUCGUACGCAAAUGGUGUACCAGUUACCUAUCCAUGACCAUUUUUUUUACUACUGUGAUAACUURUCAGAUCAGGAGAGAGAUAGAAUGAGAGAGUUUUGUAAGAUGCGCAAUGAUGAAGCACUUGGUGUGGGUGAUGUCAAAGAGAAAGCUCCAGGAACAUCCAAAUGGGACUGUUACCGAUGUGGUAAAGGUAUGAAUGUUGGUGAUGUUGCUGUGUUUGCAUCACGGGCCGGAGAAUUUUUUUGCUGGCAUCCUGGUUGCUUUGUUUGCUCCAUGUGCAACAACCUUYUGGUUUUUUUUUUCUAUUUCUACAAGGAUGGCAACAUUUACUGUGGUCGACAUUAUGCUGAGUUUUUUUAGCCAAGAUGUGCUGCAUGUGAUGAGUUGAUCUUCUCUGAUUCGUACACACAAGCUGAGGAACGCAACUGGCACCAGCGUCAUUUCUGUUGUCUGGAGUGUGACAAAGAUCUCGGUGGCAUGUUGUAUGUGGCUAAGAAUGGCCAACCUUUUUUUUUCGAUUGUUACGACAAAUAUUAUGCCAAAGUGUGCAACACAUGCAAAAGGAAGAUUGCAGCAGAUGGUCAGAGAAUCGAACAUGACGGGAUGUUCUGGCAUGCGACUUUUUUUUGCUUCAACUGUGCAAAAUGCAAUCGUAAUUUACUUGGUCAACAGUUUCUCAAGGCGAAAAACAAUGUCUUCUGUUCGGUGGAAUGCGCCAAAAGCUACUAGAUCAUUUUUUUUUUAACUAAACUAGUUGUAAUUUAAUUUCGUUUUUAAUGUUUCCUCGCUGAUUUUGAUUUAGUUUGAAAAAUGAUUUGCAUACACCCUCUGAUUUUAUUUUCGAAGUUACUUUUAUCAAGGAUAUAUACUUUAAUCAGCUAACUCUGCUUUAAUGCUGUUUAAAUUUUUUUUUGUUGUAAGAUAUAUCGUAUUUUAAUUGAGUCAUUAAAAUCAAUAAUUACA